UGCUACUUGUUUAAACCGUUGAACAUUUAAAUACUGUUAGUAGACAAACGAUUUUAUGAUCAAUACAUCGUAGUGAUAAAAUUAUCUGUACUUUUAACAAAGUGUAUAUACGACGAUUUUUAACUAGUAAACUUAAGUUUAAAAUGUAAAGUGGUAUUCAUGUUGUGUCUUGAUUGUAACUAAGUAAUUUUUAAAUCGAAAGUAACUAUACGGCGUUACUGCAGCUAUGUAAGGAACAUACACAUUUUACUUAAUCUGAAAUAAAAAGGAGUAUAUCAUGGAUUCCUCAAGGAGGUCCAGGUCAAGCCAGAAAUAUAAGCACAGAAAUGUUGAGAAGCAAGCAUGGACUUCGUCUACUUCGAAACGCGCUACAUCUGAUGAUGACUUUGAACACAUUGAACUUUUUCAACCACCUAGCCUCCAAGAGCUGUUAAGCUUAUUGACGACGAAACUCCCUGACUUAGCUAGAAAAGCUCAAACAGAAGUUGAAGAUGCGAUUAUUACGGGUUCGGAUAGAAGCGAAAACAGAAAACUGAAGAGUAUAAAUGUGGACCUUCAAGAAAAAAACGAAAGACUUGACAAACAGAUAAAAGUUACGGAAACGAAAUGUCAGGAUGAAAUAUCCAAGUUAAAACUACAUAUCGAACAGCAACGAAAAGAAAUAGACAAGUUAAAGAACGUCCACCUCCAAGAACAGAUGUUGAACGCAAAACGUUUGAUACCUAACCAGGACGAUAAUACAAUAAAGCGCAAACUGCAGUCGUAUGACAGAAUGGAACUCAAGCUGAAGGAGACAGAAAAUAAACUGCGGCUCACAGAAAUUGAACUAGAUGAAACAAAAACAAGGCUAAGUAGGUCAAUGGGAGAAAAACUAACUGACAACAAUCCUAAUAUAGCAGACCUCAGCGACAAAAACCGACCUACAAAACUGGGUGAGAGGUACAAAGAACUAUACGAUAACCAGUGGACAGAGGCGUUUGAAACUGUAUACGAGACAUACCGAAAUGAAGAAAAAACUAUUGGAGUCUUAAUAAAUAUCUUAAUGGACACGAUUACAUUCUGCGAAAAAGAAGCAAAGACACAAACGAAAGAAAUUCAGUAUACUAUUACACAAAAGCAGAUGAUAUCGGGUGACAUUCCUGCCGUUGUGAACAAAAACAUCAAAGAAUUCCGAAAGAACGUUGCAGAAUUUUCAGGAAGGCAAAUAUAUAAGAAAUACCAGAAAGAACUGAGCAGGUCGGGGUCAUCAACUGCACGUGUUGCAAGAAGAAUUCCUAACUACGUAGAGGAAUGCUUUAAAAUAUGCUGGCUCAUGACUGUAAAUGACCCUCCUGUUGUAUUUGGUCCUAAUAUUUCUGUAGGAGAGAUGUUUAAUACAGACAUGUAUACGGCGUAUACAAAGAGCGGCAAUAAAGUUGAGUUUGUUGUAUGGCCAGCAUUAUUGUUACACGCGAAUGGACCAGUUCUUUGCAAAGGUGUAGCUCAAGGAUUUGGUGAGGCACGAGGUUCAAAGUCUGCCCCACCGAAGAGCAAAAUUGAAUCAGUUUUCAACAAAGUCACCAGUGAAAAUAAAAAGCAAUUUUCACCCCCAGUCAGUCACCAGCAGAAACAAGAUUCCUAUUCGCAAACAACUGUCGCGACCAAGAAAUCAACGUACAAGGUACCAUCAAGACAUGAUAUAGAAAUGUUCAUGGAAUGGAGGGAAAUAUUUGGGAAGGAACGUGCAAGGGAUUACAUUGGUGGAGAGAAAUAUGACAACAUUCGCUUGUACUGCAUACAUAAUCGCUUGAUUUAGCGUAGGUUGACCAAAACAAGUAAACAGAAACAAAGUCCGGAAUGACAAAUAUUCUGUGUAUGAUAUGUUCAAUAAUCCUAACCAAACCUUUAGAUACUCAGGGCGGUUCUUUAUAUAAAUAAAAUAAUAUGAGCCGUGCCAUGAGAAAACCAACAUAGUGGCUUAGCGACCAGCAUGGAUCCAGCCCAGCCUGCACAUCAUCGCAGUCUGGCCAGGAUCCAUGCUGUUCGCUUUCAAAGCAUAUUGCAAUUAGCGAAAGUGAUAGCAAAAAGCAUGGAUCCUGACCAGACUUCGCGAAUGCGCAGGCUGGUCUAGACCCAUGCUGGUCGCAAAGUCAAUAUUUUGUUUGCUUUCUCAUGGCGCGGCUCAUAUGAUGUUUAAAGGUCAAGUAGUUUAGAUAUAAAAAACGUAAGACUUGACUUUAAUAAAAUGCAUGUAGUACUUUGAUAUAUAAAUUUCUUAGACCAUGUGAUAUUUGAAUGUUAUUUUUGCAACGCAUCUCCGGGUUUUAUCUAAUGUACUACUAGUUUUCUUCUAGCUAAUACAAUGUGCUAAGUAUAUAGUUUUCUUCUAGGCUACUUUACCAAUUGAUGAUUACAAUGUGUCCAGCUAAUAGAAUUAUAGAAAUAAAUAUUCCUUACAGGUUCUUACAAUUGAAAAAAUAAAAGGUCAACUCACAAAUCAGCUCAACAGCAUAUACCCAUCCUGCCAAAUUAGAUAUCAGCUUGCUAAUACACUGCUAGCAGUUGACCACAAUGUGUUCGACGCUCCCUCUACCUCGAGGCAGGUAGACUGCUCGUAAGGUAGCUGAUCAAUGAUGAACUUACUUAUUUCAAUACUUACUAUGCGUUCAACCAUUACACCAUCUCAGGGGAGCUAUGCUACUCAUAAGAUAGGUGAUCAACGCUGAACUUAUUACCUUGACCCUAUCCCUGCAACCAAACCUUUAUUAUUUACUUUUAGUAGUCCUCUAAGAAGCUAUGCUUCUUCAGAGGCUAUACUAUAUAAUUAACAUUUGGCAAAAACUGCAGAUAUGGCUUUGAAUAGUGGUCCAUUAUUAGUCAUUGUGACCUUUCCAAAUUUGAAAUCUAUUAUUGGUACUGCACCAAACUCACACAGGAACUUAGUGUAAGCACUAGUACAGAUUUUUUCACCAUAAACGUUUGCGCAAUUAAUAUUUAUCAUAGACGGGAAGUUUGAUGCACGUAAACUACAAUUUCUUUGUCAGUUGUGUAGGCUACCCAAUAAUUGAUUAGCUAAAAAGUGUUCAUAAACAAGCUAGUUAGGUACAUUAGUUAAUAUGCAUGAUUUAUUGCUGAUAUUUAUUAAAUUUUACAAAAGUAUUGUGGUAUAUUUUAUGUACUUGAAAGGUAUGUUCAUUCGACCUAUUCCAUGCAAAAGUUCUAUAUAAGAAAAUUGUUGUAACAGAAUGACACUGAUGUGAACCAUAAACACAUAAACAAAGACUAUUUAGCAUCAGCAUAAUCUGUGAAAUUCCAUUAACUACCAACAUGUUGGCUGCGAACAACCCUUGUGUUCUCUGGUCGGUAUGCAGGAAAAAGCAAACCCAAAUUUCCUUCUGUAAAACUGUUGUGCUAAUUUUAGAUUACAUUGUCGUAAGUUCUUCCCCAACAAAAUGCCACAAGUGUAAUUUAUUCUGUGAAAAUAUUGAUAUGAGCACAUAAUAUGUAACUGUCCAAAAAUUACCAUUUGCACAAUUAAUAGUUGGAUUGGAUAUCUAAACUUAAAGCUAUAUGAACAGUGUGUUGAUUUGAUACAGGUAGCAUAAAUACUUGAUGAACAAUAAUUUUGCAUUUUGCAAAUUUGACAAUGCUGAAAACACUAUGUAACAUGCUUACUAAGUAUUAAUAUUACAAAUAUGAAGUGAUCAGAGGGAGUAUGUUUUAAAGUAGUCAGGAGCAUUGGCUGGCACUUUGGGGAGGGGAGUGCGGGGACAAAGGGGUUUCGUGUGAACAGUUUAUUUAACGACAUAUUAUGACUGAUAAGAAAAACAUGUGUAUUUAUUUGUACUGUUGGAAAUGUUCUGUUUAUUUUUUUUUUAAUUUUCAUAUUGAACUUUGGGUUGAAAAUAGCUUACAUUUUAAUUAAUAUUCCUUUUCCAGAAUUUUAUUUUGACUUUCGUGUAGGUACGGUUUUGGUAAUUUAAAUGGUAUUCUUGUAUGUGUUAUAUUUCGUUUUGGUAUUAGUCAAAAACAGCUAACAGACACCAUCCAAAUUUUAGUAUAUUUGCACUUCCCUUCAUUUUUAAAGGUUGUAUUGAUAUUCAAUUUAAUUGAUAGAAAUACCUUCACUGCUUCGGUUUCGCUACUAGACAAUUUUGGCUUCGUACUAAUCAGUCAAGCUGAAUAUGAAAUGGCAGCCAUUGUUUUUUUAUUUUAUCUAUAUUUCUGUCUUUUAAAUUAUUUUCGUUUUUUGUGCACUAAAUGUUAUUUCGUAUUUUCAAUGAUAUACGCAUAUUAACAUAUUAAUUAUGUAGACAUUUUCUGUAUUUGAAUAUAUACUCGAAUCUUUAGUACUGCGGAAAAUAAAGAUCUUUGUCUAUAUCUGCUUUAAAAUUCCUUACUGUAACAAAAUAGAACAUAGAAUUUAUAUCUUGUGUUACUAAAAAAUCGCGAUACACUGUAAAAUGUCAAAUUGUUAUUCCCCAAAUUCUCUGUGAAAAAAAUACCAACACUGGUCACAGUUUGAAUGGCUUUAUUGUGCAAGAACAAUUAUCGGUAUAAACGCAGUUAUUUAAAAAUUUACCAAUUAAAAUGAGUUCUAAAAGAAAUUGAUAAUUUGUAUUAACGGUAAAAACUAUACAAAACUUCACAAUCUACCUCGCAAUACUGUAAUUCUUUGAUAAAUAAUAAUUUCCAGUAAACAACAUACUUAAAAUACCAGACUGUAAAUUCAUAUCAAACAUGUUACGUCUGAUCUGCUGUUAGCUCUUUUAUGGUUUCGGAGCAAAGCACAUUGUCUGCCAUCGUAGUUCGCCAUUAUGCCCACUCCAGACGAAAAGUGAUUGUCCAGCAGUUUAAAUUAUGCUAGUUUUGGAAUAAGCUGCUCACAUCAAUGACGAUUGCAAAUCAUUCAAAGUGUUAAUAAACGUCAAAUUUUGGAGAAUACAGAAUUGUUCUAAUAACAUGCAUACUAUAUCAUAAAGAUGAUAUUACUCUUACGAGAGUAAUGUAUCUCGAAUGCCAGACAAGAGUUCUUUGGUGUUUUUGACAGUGCUGAAAAAACUCUUCUCACAACCCAGGGUCAUUACCGCUUAAAAAGUUACACCAUUCCCCCCACCCCUAGCAAGAUAUUUCCAUCCGUACUUUCAACCAGUGAAAUAUUCUUAUAAUAGUCCUACACAUGACAGUUUUCAGUAACUACAGCUUU